UAGAACAAUCCCUAUCCAAGAAAGAAAGAAAUGAAUAUCCAUUCUCACUCUCACUGCAGUCCCUUGAUCGAUCGCCGAUCAAAUUUUCCGGUUGGUUUCUAUCAAUUCAAUCGCCGGAGUUCAUUUCUCCACACCGACUCCCAAAUCCAUCCUAAUUCGUCAUGCUUCGGGAUUCGAUUUCCCUCUCAUACUUCUCCACGCAUUGUUCAUCUUCAGAACACAAUUGGGAAGAAGAAUCGGGAAUCCCAGUUUGGUGUUCGGUUCAGCAGUUCCUCGAGGCCUAUUGGUAGGGGAGGAGAUGGCGAUCCAAGCUUCCUUGAAUUCAUCACUUCUGAGAGAGUCAAAGUGGUAGCCAUGUUGGGUUUGGCGUUAGCUCUCUGUAACGCCGACCGAGUUGUCAUGUCCGUCGCAAUUGUUCCUCUCUCUCUCGCCAAUGGUUGGCGUCAAUCCUUCGCCGGCAUUGUUCAGUCAUCUUUCCUCUGGGGAUACUUGAUCUCUCCAAUAGCUGGAGGAACACUUGUAGACAAUUAUGGUGGUAAAGUUGUAAUGGCAUGGGGUGUGGCUUUAUGGUCAAUAGCAACUUUUUUCACUCCUUGGGCUGCUGAAACAUCACUAUGGGCUCUUCUUGUAAUGCGAGUUUUAUUGGGCAUUGCAGAGGGUGUCGCCCUUCCUUGUAUGAAUAAUAUGAUCUCAAGAUGGUUCCCUCCGACAGAACGUUCAAGGGCUGUUGGUGUGGCAAUGGCUGGAUUUCAGCUUGGAAGUGCUAUUGGACUCACACUUUCUCCAAUCCUUAUGUCACAGGCCGGUGUUUAUGGACCUUUUGUUAUAUUCGGUUUGUCUGGUUUCCUUUGGGUGUUGGUUUGGCUAUCAGCAACUUCAAGCACACCUGAUCGAAGCCGUCAAAUAUCAAAGUGUGAAUUGGAAUAUAUUCAGGCUGAUAGAUCAAGCACUUCCAAUGCUGUGAAUAAAUCAAAGAAAAGUUACGUUAUGCCUCCUUUCAGGAAAUUGCUGUCCAAAUUACCCACAUGGUCCAUAAUUGUUGCUAAUGCCAUGCAUAGCUGGGGGUUCUUUGUUAUUCUUUCUUGGAUGCCUAUCUAUUUCAAAACUAUAUAUCAUGUUGAUCUCAGACAAGCAGCAUGGUUUAGUGCUGUUCCUUGGAGUGCUAUGGCCAUUCUGGGCUAUUUUGCUGGGUAUUUGUCAGAUAUGCUGAUACAAAAUGGAACCAGCGUUACAUUAACUCGCAAAAUCAUGCAGUCAAUAGGGUUUAUUAGCCCGGGUGUGGCUUUAAUUGGCUUAACAAGUGCGAAAACUCCAACAGUUGCAUCUGCUUGGCUUACUUUAGCAGUUGGACUAAAAUCAUUUAGUCAUUGUGGCUUCCUUGUGAAUCUUCAGGAGAUUGCUCCACAGUAUUCUGGUGUUCUUCAUGGAAUGUCGAAUACAGCUGGGACAUUUGCAGCCAUUAUUGGAACAGUUGGAGCUGGAUACUUUGUUGAAUUAGUGGGAUCUUUUAAGGGCUUUUUAUUGCUAACUUCUCUUCUCUAUUUCUCUGCUGCCUUGUUUUGGAACUUGUUCUCCACAGGUGAAAAGGUCAAUUUUGAUGAAGCCACUAGUUAGAAUUAUUAGAGCUCGUCUUUCUUUCUUUAUGUAUAUCGAUGAUCAGUUGAAUCGUUUCUUUUUUCUUUACCUUCACACUGAAGAAAACGAAAAAUCAAGUUGAGGUUAGCUUUUCCGA